AUGACUAACCUUGCAAGAAUCGGAAGAAAGAUGACUUCUGAUAAUCCUCGAGAUUUAGAGAGCCAUUACCUUCCUAUCAUGCUGGUCUCUGCCAGUUCAACAACAGAGAAUUGGCAAGUCUUCUCUCACAAUUUUCAAUCUUCCUCAAACCCCAAACACAGCCUUCACAACCACAACGCCUCUCUUCAGAGCCUUUUAAAAGUAUCUUCCUUUAUCCACCUUUCUUUCACAAUGGCCGAUUCACAACGUCGAGGAUCCAGACCGGGGCUUGUCUCUCUUGCUCACAUGUCCAAGUCCGCUAGAACGCUCAGGACCAACACCUCAGACGAGCUAUCAUCGCCAUCAGGGUCCAAGACACCCACAAGGGGCAACUUUCGCCGGCAGUUACCCCAACGAUCCGUCAGCCAAAAGCUUGACAGAAGACAAGUAGUGGCUCCCACUGAUUCGGAAAUGGAAAGUGAUGAAAGCGAGCAGUGA